GCGUAUUUCUUGGUGCCGCCCCGGCAAAGGCCGCGUAGAGUGGAGCUGCUGCCGGAGAUGCCUAGCAGUGUGUUCUGAGGAGCGGCCAGCGGCGCGAUGGAGCGGGCCAGGGACCGUUUACACCUGAGACGGACCACAGAACAGCACGUACCAGAGGUAGAAGUCCAAGUCAAACGGAGAAGAACAGCCUCACUGAGCAACCAGGAGUGUCACCUGUAUCCAAGGCGAUCUCAGCAGCAGCAGCAGCAAGUACCUGUGGUGGAUUUCCAGGCGGAACUGAGACAGGCAUUCUUAGCUGAGACACCAAGAGGUGGUUAAAGCAGUAUUGGAACACCCAGAUAGCUGAUUCCAAGAGAGAAAACAAAACAAAACAAAACAGGUUAGAGUUGAUGCAAUCAUGAUCAAGAAUAAAGAACUAAUUAAAGGGUAGGGUGUUUGGAGGUCAUUUAAUUAUUUAGGAUAUGUCCAAAGAAAUUUUUUUUCUUAAAGGCUUCAUACAAAUAAACACAUAGCAGAAAGUUUAAGAAAGUAAAAGCAGGAUCUUAAUGCUUUUACCCUAACACUUGUCAUGUAUUACUUUCCAGACAUUGUAUAGUCCUUGCUUUUUAGGUAGUUUUAUUCAUAUUUAACUUGUACUGAUUUUCAACUUAACAUAUGAAAAAUAUUUCAUUAUAAAUAGCUGCUGAAUAUCCUGCUAAUAUGUUUUAUAAUUUCUUUUUGUGAGAGACUUCAUUUUUUCUGCUGGUAGUUUGAAAUAAAGCUUCAGUGAAUUGCUUUGAAUAAAACUUUAGAUAGGAUCAUUUCCUUGGAUAUGCAGAUGUAAAGAUAAAUUGAGGCAAGGAAUUUGAAAUUAAGGUACAUUUUCUGAAUUGUAUUAUGAAUUAUUAUAUUAGUCUUUAUUAUCAUGAAAAAAUAUAGUGUCAGUUACACUUUCAUCUUCAUUGCUUAUGUUAAUUAUAUAUAAUUUGUUUCUAUUGAAUUAUAAAUACACAUCACAUCCAUUAGCAAAUGAGAAGCUAAGUAUUUCCCAUGCUUAUUUACUAAUUAUUUUUUUGUUUUAUCUUUUUCUUACCUUUUUUUACCAGUGUGUUCGAAUCAGCUGACAAUGUAAUAAAGCUAUUAAUCUAUGA